CAACAGGUAUACUGCAGUUGCAAUUCGCGCGUGCCUCAAUCAACGAAGCUGCCACUAUUCGGAGAAUCACUCUUGUCACGGUACAUCUCUCUCCAUUUAUCGUUGUCUAUGCUGAUAUCAACAGUUUGUUUAUUUGCCGUUGAUGUUCUCUGCGGUAUGUCUACCUGUCUUGUCUUAACAACGCUGACACAGUUUAGUCUCUAUUCGGCAUGAAUGUCAACGUACUCGAAAACAACCCGGACUGGCGAUGGUAUCUUCUUUUUGCCGGGGCAUCUUUCCUUGUGACAUUUGGUAUCUACUACUAUCCAUUUCCGGGGAUUCGGCUCCCUGCAAUGCCUAGGAAUCGGGUCCCUACUGGUCCAGAUAGAUAUAGACCAGGGGUUCCACCUCCGCUUUAUGACAGUAUUUUGAAGCGUCGCUCAAGGUGGUUUGGAAUUGUCUAAUAUUUUUAAUUUGUCUACUAUUCUAAUAAUUGGCGGGAUUACAAGAUAUCUGAUGGUCAAACUGGCAUUCUGGAGUAACAAAUAUAGAACAAAAUAUUUGUGACUAGCAUAGCAUCAUAUCCUCUGGAUUCAAGCUUCAGCAGCCAG